UUCUUUCCAUUUUCUAUUGGAAGAAUAUUUUUUUAUUUCCCAAGCUACAUAGGGGCAAAAAAAAAAAAACCCCAGUAGCUUACUAGUCUCACUUUUUCCCCCCUGUCCCUGAUGCUUAUUUACCCCAUUGGGAAGACAAAGAUGCUUUUCAAAGUUCCUUUAAGGUUGCCCUGUGAGAAUCUCUCUAGUUAGUUACCUUUUCCCUGGGUCUUUUAAAUUCAUAAGGAGCAGGAACAAGUAUAUAAACAUUUAAAUAAACAAGUUAUAUGUUGAUUUUAUUCACAUGGAUGAAUGUACAUUAUGAACUGAAAAUACAAUGUCUUUUGGCCCUCCCCAUCUCUUAUUCAAAUAGAAAAUAGUUUAAUGGAUCCAAUAACAAGUGUAACAUUUUAUGAACCUUUCAUAGUACCUGAGUAAAAGGAAUUCUUGGUUCUUAGGCUCCCCCUCUUUGGAAAGGCCUGUCUGAUGUUACUUUAUUGCUGACAUCAGAUAUUUUUCAACUGGGAACUCCAAACUAGUUUUUUUAAGAUAUAUGUACACAGCUGCCUAUCAACAUUUAUUUUUAGGGCAAUGACAGAUGAAAGCAAACAAAUGCAAAUUAUUACUAUUCAAAGAAUAGCAGUUGAACACAGCACACAUUUUUUUAAAUAGAGCCAACAUUAUUUUAUUACUUUUAUGCCACCCAUCUUUGCUUAGACUUAAGUAAAAAAAGCAAGAUAAAUUAUUAAAAUAUUAGAAUAAAUAUUACCUUUAAAAUUGACUUAAAAUUAAUAACAUAAAACAAUCUCUGACAACAUGGUAUCUUCCAAGUAUCAGACAAUGAGAAUCACUACCUCCAGCCAACAUGGCCUUAGUCAUUCAUUUGACCUAUUAUAUUACAACUGUACAUUUAGUAUGGUUGCUACAGGUGAAUUUAAGCCAUCACUUUUGUGGGAAGGGGUCAAGACAACAUUGGAGUAUGUCCUUUAAGUUGUUCAGGGGAACUUGAGGAAGAGUCCCGCAUAAGAGAUUCAGGGGCUAUUAAUAAAAAAACCACUAUGCAUUUCAAAAAGCUACAGGCUUAGCAGCUUUGGAUGCUUGCCUUCCACCAGCGCUAGCCUCAUCCUUCCCCCAAUAAUUCCAAAAACUCUUUUUUAACAUUGGAUCCCAUAUCCACAUUUGAUGACAGCAAAUUCCAUUAUUGUAACUAGCCACUGUGUCAACAAGUAUUUCUCUUUACCUGUCCAAAGGGGGAGAAUAGUUUUUCCACAUCAUGCAGGAUUUUAUAUACCUUAAUUUAGUCACCCCCCCACUCCACGCUAAAAAGCUCCUUAUCUUUCAUUUGCCUUCCAUUAAUUCACCAAAUGGGGAUUUCGCCAUAAAUCCUAGAAGAACCCCAAGUCCAGGAUCGACCCGCAGUCAAGAGGCAGCGGCUCAUAUAGUGACAUCCUCCAAGGACAAAAAAGGCUGACUUCAAACGUAAUGCCGUCAGAAGCGUGAAAGGAGAUACAUCGUGUACAGAAUUACAACACCGAAUCCCGCCGCUAUUUUAAUGGCCGAUAAAUCGCGCAUUUACCAAGCAAAGAGCGCCAUAGCAAAGUGCAGAUUUGGCGCGAGAGGGGCGGGUGACACCAGGGAGCGGAACAAAGGGUUUUUCAGCAGCCGGCAGGAGCAGCCUCGCAUUUCCGGAAAUGGAGGAGGAGAAGGAAGAGGAAGAGGAGGAGGGGAGAGCCAAGGCGCAGUUUGAAGCUACGCUCGGCAAGGGGCGCUCUUGCUCAAAGCGAGCGCGGCCCGGAGAGUGUGUUGGAGUGAUGUCAGGGCUAGCUGGGUUGAAUGCAUCCGUACUUCCUGUAUCAGAGCAGGCUUGGCUAAAUACCAGCGGGUUUUAUUCCUCCUGACCUAGCGAGCUGCUGCGGGAGGAGGAUUGUCAGCCCGCGUCUCCCCUUCGGAACGUGGCUUGGCAUUUGCAGGCGGGAGAGCUGCAUGUGGCCGAGCAAAGCCCGGGGGAGAUCAUGGCAGUGCUCAAACUGACCGACCAGCCACCGCUGGUCCAAGCAAUUUUCAAUGGCGAUCCUGAUGAGAUACGCAUAUUAAUCUACAAAACUGAAGAUGUUAAUGCGUUGGACACGGAGAAGCGCACUCCACUUCAUGUUGCUGCUUUCUUGGGAGAUGCAGAGAUUAUUGAACUCCUCAUCUUGUCCGGAGCCCGUGUCAAUGCAAAGGAUAACAUGUGGCUGACUCCUCUCCACCGAGCUGUUGCUUCAAGGAGUGAAGAAGCCGUACAAGUAUUGAUUAAGCAUUCAGCUGACGUCAAUGCCCGAGACAAGAAUUGGCAGACACCCUUACAUGUUGCAGCUGCAAAUAAAGCUGUGAAGUGUGCUGAAGUGAUAAUUCCACUUCUGAGUAGUGUCAAUGUCUCUGACAGAGGAGGUCGGACAGCAUUACACCAUGCAGCUCUGAAUGGUCAUGUUGAAAUGGUGAGUUUACUUUUGGCUAAAGGGGCAAAUAUUAAUGCGUUUGACAAAAAGGACCGAAGAGCUUUACAUUGGGCAGCAUAUAAGGGCCAUUUGGAAGUUGUUUCAUUAUUGAUCAGUCAUGGUGCUGAAGUGACAUGUAAAGAUAAGAAGGGUUACACUCCACUUCAUGCUGCUGCUUCCAGUGGCCAGAUCAGUGUAGUGAAGCAUUUGCUCAAUCUUGAUGUAGAGAUUGAUGAAAUGAACAUCUAUGGAAAUACUGCCCUUCACAUUGCUUGUUAUAAUGGCCAGGAUUCUGUGGCUAAUGAGCUAAUAGACUAUGGAGCUAACGUCAAUCAGCCUAAUAACAGUGGAUUCACUCCCCUCCAUUUUGCUGCUGCUUCUACUCACGGGGCCCUUUGUCUGGAACUGCUUGUGAAUAAUGGGGCAGAUGUAAACAUUCAGAGUAAAGACGGGAAAAGCCCACUGCAUAUGACAGCUGUCCAUGGGAGGUUUACACGGUCACAAACUCUCAUUCAGAAUGGAGGUGAAAUAGACUGUGUUGAUAAGGAUGGCAAUACUCCCCUUCAUGUGGCUGCAAGAUAUGGACAUGAACUUUUGAUUAAUACCUUAAUAACCAGUGGAGCUGAUGCUGCCAAAUGUGGUAUCCAUCGCAUGUUUCCUUUACACUUGGCAGCACUUAAUGCACAUGCUGACUGCUGCAGGAAGUUGCUUUCAUCAGGACAAAAGUAUAGCAUAGUGUCCUUGUUUAGUAAUGAGCACGUGCUGUCUGCAGGCUUUGAAAUAGACACCCCAGAUAAAUUUGGAAGGACGUGCCUCCAUGCUGCUGCUGCAGGAGGCAAUGUUGAUUGUGUGAAACUCUUGCAGAGCAGUGGAGCAGAUGUAAAUAAAAAAGACAAAUAUGGAAGAACACCUUUGCACUAUGCAGCUGCAAAUUGUCAUUUUCAAUGUAUUGAGAUGCUGGUAACUGCGGGGGCCAAUAUUAAUGAAACUGAUGACUGGGAACGAACAGCUUUACAUUAUGCUGCAGCCUCCGACAUGGACAGAAAAAAGAAUAUUUUGGGUAACUCCCAUGAAAACUCUGAAGAAAUUGAAAGAUCCAAUGAAAAGAAAGAAAAAGAAGCUGCAUUGUGUCUAGAAUUUCUUCUUCAAAAUGAAGCAAACCCUUCAAUCCAAGACAGAGAUGGCUAUAAUACUGUGCACUAUGCUGCUGCCUAUGGACACAGGCAGUGUCUAGAACUGCUCCUGGAGAAAACAAAUAACUUUUUUGAGGAAUCAGAUUCAACAUCAGCAAGAAGUCCUUUGCAUUUAGCUGCCUAUAAUGGUCACCAUCAAGCAUUAGAGGUGCUGCUUCAGUCAUUAGUAGAUCUGGAUAUCAAAGAUGAAAAAGGACGUACUGCCCUGGACCUUGCUGCAUUUAAAGGACACAUGGAAUGUGUUGAAGUGCUCAUCAGUCAGGGUGCUUCUGUCACAGUGAAAGAUAACAUCACACAACGAACCCCGCUCCAUGCCUCAGUCAUCAAUGGGCAUACAUCAUGUCUACGACUUUUAUUAGAAGUAACAGAUAACCCUGAUGUGGUGGAUGCCAAAGGACAAACUCCACUGAUGCUAGCUGUGGCUUAUGGGCACAUAGACGCUGUUUCUUUGUUACUUGAAAAAGAGGCAUCCGUUGAUGCAGCUGAUAUCCUGGGAUGUACUGCUUUACAUCGAGGGAUUAUGACAGGGCAUGAGGAAUGCAUUCAAAUGCUGUUGGAACAAGAAGUAUUAAUUCUAUGUAAAGAUGCCAGAGGCAGGACACCUCUACAUUAUGCAGCAGCUCGUGGUCAUGCCACAUGGCUGAGUGAAUUAAUGCAGAUGGCACUUUCAGAAGACUACAAUUUUAAAGAUAAUCAGAAUUAUACACCAUUGCACUGGGCUUCUUAUAACGGAAAUGAAAACUGUAUAGAGGUACUGCUGGAACAUAAAGCUUUUUGCAACUUUAAUGGAAACUCUUUUUCUCCAUUGCACUGUGCGGUAAUAAAUGAUCAUGAAAAUUGUGCUUCACUACUCAUUGGGGCAUUUGGUGCUGGCAUUGUUAAUUGCAAAGAUGAAAAAGGAAGAACGCCACUUCAUGCAGCAGCCUUUGCUGAUCACAUGGAAUGCUUGCAGCUACUUUUAAGUCACAAUGCACAAGUAAAUGCUGCAGAUAAUUCAGGGAAAACUCCACUUACCAUCGCUGCUGAAAAGGGGCAUGUAGGGACUGUAGAUUUUUUGGUGAACAGUGCUAAAGCUGAUUUAACCUUGAUGGAUAAUGACUUGAAUACGUCAUUGCACUUGGCUAGCAGUAAAGGUCAUGAAAAAUGUGCCUUGUUGAUACUUGACAAGAUACAAGAACCGAGCCUUAUUAAUGCAAAAAACAAUGCAUUGCAAACACCUCUUCAUAUUGCUGCACAGAAUGGCUUGAAGAUGGUAGUUGAGGAAUUGUUAGCAAAGGGGGCAUGUGUACAGGCAGUAGAUGAAAAUGGUCAUACACCAGCCCUGGCUUGCGCUCCUAACAAAGACGUGGCUGACUGCCUGGCACUCAUUUUGGCUACCAUGAUGCCUUUUUCUCCUUCCAGUACAAUGACGCCGCUCAACUUCGUUUCUUUUAAAAAAGACCCUUUGAGCAGGACUCUUCUCUGCAGUAGCUCCAAUAUGAGCAACACUCUUAAUUCAUAUAGUAAAACCUUAAUGAAUGAUGAAGGAGCAGAAAAUGGAUACAAUGACAAUGAUUCUGAUUCUGAAACAUUUUGACUUUUUAACAUUCAGUGCCCCUUUCUUGAUUGCAUUUGCAUUUAAUCUGAAAUUUUCUUUAGAAACACCCGAAUUCCUGAUUUUCACCUGACCUUCAUUUAUGAAUGAGAACAGCAAAGACUAAAAUUUGCAGUUAAAUAGAGCCUUUUAGAAAAUUUAAGGAUUUUUUUUUUUUAAAAUGCACUCUAAUUAAUGUUUUGCUUCCGGCACUACUGUGCUUUCCAUAAAUUCUAAGGGCUCUUUUGGAAGUCUCUACCUCCUAUUAUAUGCAGAAAAAAGAAGCUGCCUUUUUCUGUUUUGACAGCACAAGUAAACAGGGAACUGUUAUGUUUAUAUUAAUAUGUUAGCUAUAUUAUAUCGCUGAUAUAAAAUCAUUUUUCAAGAAGGGUGUUUCUGGAUUGUCAGAAGACCUUUCCAUCUCUAGUAUCUCUUGUAUAGAUAUAUAGUCUUCAUUUUUAGGUAUCUUUGUUAUAAAAACCAAAGGUAAAGCCACAAAUUUUGAUUUGGGUUUGAACAAAUACUGCCAAUAUCACCAUUUUCUGUGGCAAUUCAGACUUCUAAAUUCAUCACAGUAAUACCCAAUAGGUGUUUUUAGAACAACAGAUAUUUGCUGCUUCCAUUUGCAAUUUAAAAUCAUUAGGAUCAAAUCUUGUUUGCCUCAGUCACAACAUACCCACCUGCAGCUGCAACAAAGAGAUUAUUGUAAAGGCAGAUGAGAUUUGCCUUAUUUUUGUUACCAUUCAGCACAAGCAUGCGUGAUUUAUUUGCACUCUCCAAGUAGGGAUCCUUGGGAACUUGUCUUACCUGUGCUGUCCAGCAAUUACUUGUUUUAGGAAAAACCGGUUCUAAAUAUAAUGCCUAACGCACCUAAAUGUUUCACCCUGCUCAUUUGAAUUGACUUUUUGUUAUCUUUAUGUGUAAUGUGAUUUUUAUCAUAAGCAUUGUCUGACUUUUUUGGAAAGUAUACAACGAGAUAGAUUGCAGUCCUUCAUAUUUACCAUUGCUGUGCUAAGAUGCAAACAGGAGACAAAACCAAAACAUAAAGUGGAAAAGUUAAGUAAUCAUACAAAAGGGAACUAGUUUGUACUAAAACAGUCCUGCUGGCAUCAGUUUACUUUUUAAACAUUUGCAUUAUGAAUAUCUACUCCUUCUGCCAAAGCUUCUAGGUCGAACGGACCCUUUUCCUCGCCUGAGAAAGGUGUACAGAAAGAAGAGUGAGACUCUUAAAAUAUAAAGAACUAACCAGCUAUACCACGAGGACCAAAAGGCUUCAGAAGACUUUAUUUUUUUUUUUAAUAAUGCAAGGAAAAAAAACAAGUAACUUUUCUAAUCACAAAUGCACAAAUAGUGUUUUCUGUAAUUAAGAGUCUUGGGUUAUUUCUAGUAGAUACUUCGACAUUUGUAACCGAUGAUGAUGUGUUGAUCACAGUUUAUUUUUCCAGACCAAUGUUCGUACUUGUAAUGUUAAAUGUGUUUAUAUUUAUUUGAAAUGAAACAAGUGCCCAGAAAAAUUGACCAUGGUUUGUCCUCCUUCUUAAUUCUAUAAUGUGUUAUUAGUUAUGAAUUUAAGCAAAUUUAGUGUGCUGAAUUUGAUGGAACAAAUGCACAUAGUUAUUAUUUUCAGCUCUUAUAUAGCCAAUUGGAAAUAGCUUCAAAAGCCAAGUGUUGUUCAUGCACAUUUUAUCAAACGCAGUGGAGGAGUACAUUGCACAAUAACUGUUGGCAGAGCAAAGGGGAACAUAUAAAGAAAAAAAAGUGUGAUUUAGUCUUUAAAAGGGGUUGAAAAUUUGUCAAAGUUCAAAAGGAGAAUUGUAGAAUAAAGAGGAAAGUGUCCUUCCUCGUUUAUGGAAGCAAAAUAUAUUUUUACCUGAAAUACAAGCAGUAGCCUGCUGCUUUGUUAUCUAUUCUACACAGGUAUUUGAAAUAAUUUAAUAUAACCACUCAUUGCUAUAUAUCGAAGUAUGUUGGAGACAGAAUAUGUGAAUUUAUUCUUGGAUGAUCAGUAACAAACAGCAGCACAACAGUUUCGCUCUGCUUCUAUAAACAAGAUUUGCCAGAAAAGCUUCCAUCUUGAAACUGCACCUUCCUCUAAGUCAAAUGUAUUUUCAUUCUGGACUGUAUGUUGCAAAAAAUAGACAGAAAUAGAUAUCUUGCAUUGUAAUGGAAUUUACAAAUAUUUCCACUUUGAAAUAGCUGUUUCUGCACAAUAUUGUUCUGAUUUCACUGAAAGUGUUCUGUUGCUGUACUGUACCAGUAUUUGUUGAAAUGUUACAAAUUCAAAAUGCUUUGUACAUAUCUAAAAUGUAAUCCUUGUAGGAGACCCUUUAUUUUCAGACAGGUGACAAUGUUCCUCAGAUUUCAGCCAUUUUGUAGUUACACUCACACACAAAAAUGCCUGAGAUGAAAAGGUAUCAUUAAAACUGACCAAAACUCUCAGUUGUUUCUUUUUUUUAACCCCCAGCCAGUAUAUCUAUUGAGAGAGAAAAUUCCCAGCAAAUACUGCUGUGACAGAUAUGAUAUCUGCGAAAUUUCUUUCUCAACCCCCACCAAAAGAAAAACUACAAUCAGAAGUACUCCCAUAAAUCAAUUGAUCUUUCUGCCACAUGGCUGAUUUUUUUUUGUCCCAACUACUGAUUAACAUAUUAGCAAUUAAUUUUUCUCUCACCAUAUAAAUAAGCACAAAGUUAUGCACUUCUUUUCUAAGAACAUUUACUACCACAAGCUCUAUUUGAAUGAAUUAGGGUAAUAAAAUAUUCUCCAGUUGUUUUUCAAUUUGAUCCAUGAUAAUUAACAAAAUUCUCCAUCACGACACACACUUUCAGCCAGGUCUUAGAAAAGUUUUUCAUACUACAAUUUGCAUUCUCUAGCAAUGAUAAAAUAAAAAGAGACUAUUUUUCUUAAGAAUGCAAGUGUGUAUAAAUUGUCACAGACCUCUAAAACACAAAACGGUAAUUAUGAAUUUUUAAGUAAAAGGCAAUAUUUAUGCACAUAUUUUGAAAUUGCAAUAUUAGCAUAUAUGUAUUUUUAAAUGAUAUUUGUAUGUUGACUAGGAACUAUAAUGUAAGAGGCCUCACUAGUUAUUGCCUUGAUUCCUAUUAAAUAUGGAGGAUGUUAAAUCCUGUUAUGAGUUUUAAGGUAUUUAUUAAAUCCUGAGGACUACUGGAUGUUCCUUAAAACCCAGAAAUAAAGUUUUGCAGUGAAACUAUGGGUGUUUCCCAGCAGAAAGAUCUUAAUCAUUUAUAAAAAGUAGUUUUACAGCUUAGUUGAUUUUGAAAAAAGAAAAGGAAAUGAAACAAGUGAGGAAAAUAUAGGAAGGUCACUCUGUUUUCUUGACUGUUCAGCAAAAAUUUCACUUGGAUAUCUCCCAGGGCUGCACAAGUCACAAACUUCAUUAAUGAGCCAACAAUUAGAAUACUUUCAUUUUAUAGAGCAUAAUAGCCCAGUUGUAUGGCACUUCAAGAAGUGGGAGAUUAUUGUAUGUUCUAAAUGUGCUUUAAGAGGAAAAGGUUAAUGUUGAGUCAUUUCUGCUUGUUAAAUCUUUUGGUUUCUUAAACUUUUUUUUUCCUCUCAGGAUCUCUUCCCUCUUUUGAAAAUCAUGGAGGAUUCCAAAAGAACUUUUGUCUGAAUGGGUUAUAUUUAUCAAUCUUUACUAUAUUAAGAAUUAAAAUUGACAUUCUCGCUUCUCAUGAUUGUUGAUGGGAUUUUAAUAUUAUAUUAUUUCUUAAUCUAGGCAGGCAAAUUAUUUUGAUUUUAUAAACUUGAGACCCUCUGGAUCACACUUUAAUAAAUUCUGCUAUAGAAGAACUAAGAAAAUUUUUAUAUGAUGCUUCAUGCCAUGCUUGCAUCAGGACAACACUCUAUAAUUUUACAUUAUAAUUUUUGUUAGGUAGCUGAGCCAAUAGAUAUCCAGCUCAGCUGCAGCUCAAGAGGAUUCCCUAGUUUUCUACUUUUCAGCAAAUUACAUUAGAUUUUGGGGACAGACUGUGUUCUUAUUGGUGGGAACUCUCACCUCACAUAUUUCCAUAACUCCUAAGCUGCCAUAGCACUAUCAUGUCCUUCUGCCAGGCUUUAGUGUUGUAGAAAUGUGGCUUUGCAGCUCCGGCUAUAAAGGCCUUGCAUUCUUGUCCAUGUUUUCUCACAGUCUCUCUCUUUUUAUGCUUUUUCUAGAAAAAGAAAGUAUGGAAGAAAAUUGAGGGGAUGUUAUUUUUGGCACUUCCCUGUUGGUCCAUUAGAAAGAAAAUUAAUCAGCUCAUGAGGGGUUUUCGGCAGCUAAAAUUAGGAUUAUAACAGGUUGAUGCCAGAAUAAUUCUGAGUUCAUAGAAUGGCAACAGUGGUUGUGUGGAGAUGCCCUCAUAGUUGUGAAUCACCCGGAGCCUACUUGUCAUCUAUUAGCAAUAGUUUGCUGUUAUGUUUCUUUUUUUCAAAUAAGAAGCAAUGCAUUUGGUUAUAAUGGUAUAGCUAUGAAGAAAAGCAUGAAAUAAACAGAAUGACCAAAAAAAUGGAUCACCAAAUAAUCAGGGAAAUUAAACUACAUUUACAAAUCUAUAAGUUUUCUCUCUUAAUACUGUAAUGUUUUAUAACUGAAGUGAAUUCUCUAGAACAUUACUAAAUAUUAAUUAAACAUCACUUGAAACAAAGCACCAAUGUUUCCAUGUAGAAUUGAGUAAAAACGUAUCACUUUCUUCUUCCUUCUUCUUGGCUGAUCAUAUCAAGUUAGUCACCAUGAAAUACACACGCAUGCACACACACCAUCACAGCCUCCACAAAACCUCAGGAGAGCAGGGGCAUACUGUGCAGAGCAAGUUUGGGGAACAGAGGUCAAAGGACAGUCCACCAUGCAAACAGAAAUCUUCUACAACAUCAUUCAUAGUACAAUAAUCUUCUCACCCAAAUGAUUUAAUAGUGACUUCUAUAAAUACAUUUUUCAAUAUGUUACGCUAAAAUCCUUUGCACAGCUAUGUAGAAAUAUAAUAGGAUAUAGUUCUGAGUUCCUGAGUUCAGACUGCAUUGUGUGUUUCUGUCCUAUCAACAAUCCCAGCCUACUGUCAUGAAAAGACAAUAGGGCUAAAAUCCCUGGCUAUACAAAAUUUGUUUCUGAAUAGAUCUGUAUUCAUUUGUAGUGCCAUCUUCCCCAAAAUUAUGCUUACCUAGCUCUUUUAUAUGUAUUAUUUUCAUAUAAAAGAGUAAUAAAACCAUCAUAAUUAAAAUGGGAAAAUUGUAAUUAGUCUCACUGGAGUAUGGAUUCCAUUCUAAUCACUUUCUUAUCUAAAUGGCAAUACUGUUAGUAGCAAAUAAGGUACUGUAUUUUAACUAUAGUAAUAAAUGUCAGUUAUGGCCUGUUUUGAUUUGUUUCAUUAGCUUUUGUCAAAAAAUAAGCACUCUAUUCUACUGAAAUCAGUGGUGUUGAUUUGAUAAAGAUUGAGAAGCAUGAUCUAGAAGGUGAGUAAUAACGCAUGCACCUCUCUAUAAUUACGAUUCCGUGUUAGCAGCUUGUAUUCCAUUCAUGUGAAACUUCAGCUGCCAGGUUACAAUGCAUGGCACUUACCCCUUGCUGAUCUGUAUUGUUUCAAGUGUUAAGAUAAACUAGCUCAGGGGAUAUCUGUAUCACUACUAAAAGGGCACCAUGUUGUGUUUUGGUACUAUUAUAGCAAACCUUUGUAUUUAACUAUGAAUUGAGUAAAUUCAAUUUCUUGUCUUCUCUGUUUAGAAACUUGAUAAUGCACCUGGGUUUCAUAAUGUAAGAAACUUUUAGAGUGCCUUUUUAUAUUUGUGUAUGCUGGAUAUCUAUUGUGAACAUGUCUUUCCUUCAUAUGAGUCAUACUGAAGCAAUAUAAUACCUAUAUGUUUUCAUUUCAAAGCUUUACAGCUUUGUCUUUUUUAAAAAAAAUCUAUUUGUGUUGACAUAAAAUUAAUAUGCUAAAUUUGUAUAGGAAUUUAUACAUUUUCUUAUUACACAAAGCAAAACUUAAGUCAGUGUUAUUGGGAAGGAUGUUUUAAAAUGGUGACAAUCUUGAGUGUGUAUUAAAUGCAGCUAUCUGUGUUUGUAAUGCAGUGACAUACAUUUUAAAAAGCCAAUAUCUAAUGUUUUGUAGUUUUGUCUGUAUAUUUUAUGCUUUUAGCAUGUGCAAUAUAUCUUUACAAACCAUGGUGUCAUGAAUCUGGUGCCAGUGUUACAUUUUGUAUGAAAUAUUUGUAAUAAACAGUAUGAAAUAUUGUUGGUUUGUUGCUAAUUUUUAAAAAAUGUAAACUGAAUUUUAAUUAUCCAAAGUGUUAAAUUACAUGGUUGUAAAAAUGGAUAUGAAAUAUUAUUUUGAACCAUAUACUAGGUGCAUUCACGUUUAAUAUCCUUUCGACUACUGAAUGCUGUAUUAAUUGUAAUGGGCACUUUUAACUGCAAAUUACAGUAAUAUUAAAAUGCAUUCAGAUGGAUUUUUUUACAAAUAAAUGAUACAAAUACCA